UUCUCGAACAUAGCUGAAACUCGACGUGGUAGUGUCUUUGCAUAGUGGAGAAGUAAUCGCAUCUAGUGAGAAAAAUGUCCUGCUGCAUUCCGUCCUCCGUUCCGGAACUCGAUGCGUUCUUCGCACGCCAGGUCCCGACCGGGUUCACCUCGGGCGAAGCGGAAGGAGGGCAGAUGACCUACGGGGAAAUACUAUCGGAGGGGGUGAAAAGCAUGCUGACGUGCAGCGCCGCGCUGUUGCCGCCUGCGCGCGCGCGCGACUGCGUUUUCCUGGACCUCGGCAGCGGCAUCGGCAAAGGGCCAAUCGCUGCGAGCAUUCUGGCCCGGGACCCGAGCUGCGGCCUUCGCAUUUCGCGUGCGAUCGGGAUCGAGCUCUCGCACCAGCGGCACGCCAUCGCCGAGCUCGCACUGCACCGGAUGACGCGCGACCCCGCCGCCACUUCCUCUAACAAGCGUCGUCGCUCCUCUCGCAAGCUGUCCGCUUCCCCCGGCGCCGGUCUGCUUGUUCCGCCGGUCGUUCACGCUGAGCCAGAACCAAGCUCCGAAGCGCAGCUACUCGAGCAGCAGGUGCUCCUGCAGGAGGGCGAUGCGAUCAAGGAUUCCGUCGCCGCCAUCGCUGCUGCGGACGUGAUCUGGAUAUCCAAUAUGUGCUUCCCCAAAACGCUCACGACGCGCAUUGCCCACCUGCUAGACGGAUUUGCCAAAAAGGGCGCAGUGGUUUUUUCCAGUCGGGAGCUGUUUCUCGUGCGCGAGCACAUGGACCUGGCGCAUGAACAGUCGUUGCAUUGUAUAAAAGAACUACUACUUUUGCGUUAAGUUUGAAAAUGCUUUUAAGCAACGUUGUGCUCUUGUCGAAGUCGAAUCCUUGCAAUCGCACGUCUGAGCACAGGAAAAUUUUGCCUCGCAAACCGUACUAUCAGGUAAACCACCGAUCGUCCCGCAAAGCUGGCACGGCGGGCACGAAGUUUUCGUCUACCACAUCACCGGCGGCACCUGCUACGGUCGGCAGCUGCACUGGCCGCGCGGACUGGCAGCGAGUGCGUAUUACACCGACGAAAAAAGUUUCCGCCGGAAAAAACACCACGACCGGCAGGAGGCGCGAAGAAAGAUGGAGUCCUCGCGUGCCACAAGUAAGCAGUCCGCGUCCACCAUUGCGACGGCUGCAGAUCUGGAAGCAGGGAGCCGCGACGCGGUAGCGGUCAGCGGUAGUGUUUCUCCAGAACAGCACCCCGUUUCCGCGGACCGAGGCACGUCGAUGCCACUCGCGCCAGCGCACGACAAUACUGGUAUUGCUGCUGCUUCGGAGAGGACUACGGGUGCCGUAAACCUGUCGCAAACGCUGCACACCUGGCUUUUUGGGCUGUGCACCACGAAAGCGCGCGGGGACGGUGAAAGUGCGCAAUCCUCAUCCAGCGAUGAAGAAGGAGAAGACGAUUUUGCCACGGACGAGGAGACCUCAGCGUCGGGGCAGGAGGAAGCGUACCCGCACCUGGCCAAGCUCACGAAGAUGCUCUCGUCCUCGAAGGGCAGCUCCAGCCUAGACCUCCUCGCCGCGCCGCUGGAGGACGACCGCCGCCGGCAGGUGUUUUGGAACGCAAAAAUCAGGAACACGGAAGACAGCAUCGCGCGCGCGUUUUCCUUCUGGUCGCUGUUCGGGCGGAUCCCCGAGGCGGGGGCGGAUCGAAUGUACAACACGGUCCUCAGCGAUGAUGGGAAGCAACCCGUGGAUUACCGUCUCUACCCCUGGGGCCUGCCCAAAGUACAGCUUAGCUUUUUCAGCCAAAUGCUUUUGUAAAGUGAGCUUGCUUCUCGGUCUCCCACAUAUGAAAAAAAAAGCAGCUUGCUGUGUUUAAUAUCCUGCGAGUAAAUUCCCAAUCUGCACAGGUGCCGUCCGCGCACACGAAAGAGUUUUACAAAUUAAGGGUGUCGCCGGAAUUCUUAAAGGCCGCCAUCAUGGAUGCGCUGCUGCACGACACGAGCGCAUUGGAUCUGCUGGAACUCCAACUCGCAACGCACGACCAGGCACACGAUCUGGCAUUUCGCGAUUUCCGCCGGUUGGUCUACAAAUACAAGCCCCACUUUUCCGCAGGUUGGUGGUAAUGAAUAGGUCCAUUCUUUGUGCUACCGGUGUGUGACCGUGAGAGCGGUCCAACUUUCUGAGUUCUUCUCGCACGCAUUUUGCAUAGUCCAAUUUUGCUGCUGCGAUUCUCAUUCAUCUUUCCUGGUCGUGGUCGAAAAAUUUAAGACUGCUUUACCGUGCUCCUUUUCAAAAGUUAUUCGCUCCAAUCAAAUUGCGACGAUCGUUCGCCCGACCUAGACGACGUUGCCAUGCGUGUCAAUGCGGCGGUUUCACAACUACCGUUGGCCGUGCACGUAGGGACGACGACAAUGUUUGCUAGUUACAUCCAAGGCGUCGUCGGGUUGCGGACCAGAAAAAGUGUACGUAUAGAGAGCUUCUGUUUCAGUGAACUUCAUCUUCAUUAACUUGUGAUCUUGUUUUCGUUUCCACUGCGCUGGUGUUUCUGCGUGUAAUUUUUGGACAGUGGUGAUCAAGACUAGGAGACUCUGUGCACAAUUUCUCUUGGAUGGACUUUUCAUUGUUGAC